AUGGCAGACGAACUACAAAUCAAAUGUUUGUUUUACAUGGCACAACAAAAACAAAGCCUACAAGAUAGUCAGACCCAAAAGGGAGAAGAUCAAAAAGAAGGACAAGGCUGCAUCUUCUCAAUGAAGGUUAGUCUCAAUUAUGAAGUUGAAUAUCUUCCCUGUCACAACUCCAUGCACCUAAAAUCCAUCAAAUCACCUUCUUUUACCCUCGACCCAAGUCUUCUACUAGAAGAAACCAAAGCUCAUGACACCAUGCGUAAGAUCCUCCACAACAAGUCCGUACCUGAACUAGAACUAGAUUCAAUAGCGAAAGCUGUUUCCUCCAAAGCAAAGUCAAUAAAGAAUGACCCACGCAAUGCCAGUAGUAAAGUGAUACAUAUUGUAAUGUCACUUAGGGUUAUUUGGGUACAAGAAUUCAAUCCAGAGGCUGCACUUGCAUGGGAAAGACUGCUGCCUCAAGGGAAAACUUUUUCUUUCACUUUGCCUGCCACCGAGAAUUCCAUCAGAGAACUGGAAAAGUUGUCUUUCGACAAGGAUUGGUGUUUCGACCAGGAGCAAUGUGCGAUUUGUUUGAAGGAAUUCAUUGUUGGAGAGGAUGUUACAAGAAUGCCAUGCUUGCAUGCCUACCAUGGAGAUUGUAUUCUUAAGUGGCUAAACAACAGUCACUUUUGUCCGUCGUGCCGGUGCCCUAUGCCAGUGUGCAGGGUUAUAGAUGGAACUUUUCCGUUCCCGAAAUUCAAGCGCUGCCCGCCAAUACCACCGUCCUGUACUGGUGAUAAGAUUGGAAAAGGGGCUCGCAUGUCUGUUGGCUACCAAUUUAAUAAUUAUCUAUCCAAUCGACACAUACGGUCACAUCAUAUCUUCAAGAGAGAAAGAGAGAAGAGUCCAUUAUCGCGACAACCAGCAUUUAAAGCAGACACACAUGGCUAUUCUGCAUGA